UCAGGUGUGUACAAUCUGCACAGUCGUCCGGCGAAUUCCAAAGAGAUCAGCGAAUCCAGCGAAUCGGCGCGCAUCGACAGUUCCCGACUAACCUCACUCUUUCGUGCCACAUCUCGCUCCAGCUCAUUCUCCCUCGACCCUCCAGCGAAGAACGACAUCGAGUUGCCGAAUUGCAGGCCGAAUAACCGGUUAUUUCUGUGAAGAUGCCGAUUCCCUCGUUGCAAAAGCCAGCUCCUGCCUUCAAAGGCACUGCUGUUGUCAAUGGCCAGUUUAAAGAUAUCAGCCUUGCUGACUUUAAGGGCAAAUAUGUUGUCCUGUUUUUCUAUCCCCUGGACUUCACUUUCGUCUGCCCUACCGAGAUCAUUGCAUUCUCUGACCGUGCGGAAGAAUUCCGUAAUAUCAAGUGCGAAGUUAUUGCAGCUUCUACCGAUUCCCACUUCAGUCACCUUGCAUGGGUAAACACACCGCGUAAACAAGGUGGACUCGGCGAGAUGAGCAUACCCCUUCUUGCCGAUAAAAGUGCCAAGAUUGCCAGAGAUUACGGCGUACUCGACGAGGAAAGUGGAAUCCCCUUCCGUGGUCUCUUCAUCAUCGACGAUAAACAGAACUUGAGACAAGUUACGGUCAACGAUCUCCCCGUUGGAAGAUCCGUAGACGAAACAUUGCGACUCGUCCAGGCAUUCCAGUAUACGGACGAACACGGAGAGGUGUGCCCAGCUGGCUGGAAACCAGGAAAGAAGACCAUGAAACCCGACGUAGUCGGAUCCAAGGAGUACUUCAAGGAUUCUUAACUGCUGUGCAGAAAAGAGUCAUUACAUAACACGUAUCACGAUCAUCACAGUUCUUUCUGCCUCUGAAACUACCAGAUACAUUUCCCUGGUUUAGUAUUCUAGCGUGUAACGGUAAUAUUUUGUAUUCCUCGUAUACUCAUGGGAAAAAGCUAUUUUGUAGUUUCCAUUUAUUAAAGGUUUUCUUUUGUACACCUUA